AUGGCUACACAGACUGAGACCCUGACCACGCGCAAGGCUGUCCAGUCGGUCGACGGAGCCAUUGAGGAGGCCACAGCACAAGUCAAAGAGCGGUGCCAGAAUCUAAACUCCUACCCGAUGUGGACCGUCAACGACAAGAUAUCCAAGCUCGUGCCCAACCCGCGUGCGGUUCCGACGAAAUGGACGUGGUCAGAGAUGAGACAGCUCAUGCUCGAUACCGCCGAACUUGUACCUGAGGACAUGGCAGAGCGGCGAGCAUUGAUGAUGUGCAAUCCCGGUUUUGGCGAGGUCAAGGGACCAUCCCCUUACACCACCGACACACUCUACGCCGGUCUUCAGAUGGUGCUGCCCGGAGAGACCGCGCCGGCACAUCGACAUAUCGCCUAUGCCGUGCGCUUCAUCCAGGAGAGCCAGAAAGGCUUCACCUCAGUCGCGGGCCACAAGAUGUACCUCGAACAUGGCGACUUGGUACUGACGCCGUCAUGGCAGUGGCACUACCACGGAAAUGACGGCUCAAAGCCAACCAUCUGGGUCGACUGCCUCGACAUCCCGCUGCAAAUCUAUGGGAGAACAAAUUUCCUUGAGACGUACCCCACACCCACUGUGCCAGAUCUAGUGACCGAUGAAAGCCCAUUCCAUUUCCAAUGGGAAAAGACCCAAAAGGCUUUGGAUGCGCAAGACAGCCCUCACACCGUGUAUCACUAUCUGACCAACGGAAGCCCCUUUUCGAAGACCAUUGCCGCCCAGGCGGAACGCAUCAAGAAGGGCCAGACUGCUCGCCCACCGCGGGAGACAACCUCGUUCAUCUACGUCGUCAAGCAGGGAGAAGGGAAGACGAUCAUCGACGCCCCCACCGGUCAGCUGACCGUCGAAUGGAACGACAAGGACGUCUUCGUUGUUCCUGCUUGGUCUAAGGUGACGCACGUCACGGGCGAGCGCGGCGAUGCGUAUCUGUUCGCCCUGACGGACAAAUCGAUUACGGACAACCUUGGGUUGUCGAGGACAGAUUAUGCGAGAGACUGA